AUGGUCGACGCGCGGAUGGUUUUCGAGAGCAUGCCUCGUCGUGAUGUCGUGCUCUGGACGAGCUUGAUACAAGGCUUUGUGGACAACGGGGAAAGCGAGCUGGCUCUCGUGUUCUUCGAAGAUAUGAAGCUAUCUGGGUGCUGUCCAAGCUCUCGGACGUGUGUUGCUGCGCUUGCCGCCUGUGCGAGCUCGGCAAUGCGAGAAGAAGCGGUGGAUGUCGACGGCAAACUCGUGAAGAGAAAGAGCUUGGAAACCGGGGUGGCUAUCCACAGCGAAGCUUCAAACAACAGGUGCUGCGAGGACGUGUUCGUGGGGAACACUCUGAUCGAUAGGUACGCGAAGUGUGAGAAGCUAGAGGAAGCUCCCAAGGUCUUCGAUGGCAUGGCUGGCCGAUCGUCCGAGCCACCUGUUCCGCGAGAAGAUGGAAAGCUAGUGCGAAUCCAGAGCCUAGAAAAGGGGAUGGAGAUUCAUUCUCUCGCCGCGAAGUUUGGACGCUGCGAGCACAGAUUUGUCGGGAGCAGCUUGGUGGACAUGUAUGCCAAGUGUGGAGAUAUGGUGAAAGCUCGAGCAGUUUUCAAACGCAUGCCUAGCCGGGACGUUGUCGUUUGGACGAGCUCGAUACAGGGAUAUAUAGACAACGGUGAGAGUGAGCUCGGGCUGGAACUCUUGGAGUGGAAGGAAAAUCCAGGCUGA